UAUCAAAAUGAAAAUGUACAAUCUGUUCAAAAAAAAAUGGAUAAUUUUAAAUCACACUAUUUGCAACAUUUUGAAACAAUACGUUGCCUAGGAAAAAGAGGUUUUGGGAUUGUAUUUGAGGCUAGAAAUAAAUUAGAUGACGGAAAAUAUGCUAUGAAAAAAAUACCUUUUCCAUCACGACAAGAAUCUAGAGACCGUGUAUUACAUGAAGUUAAAGCAUUACCAGAGUUAGAUCAUGAAAAUAUUGUCAAGUAUUUCAAUGCUUGGUUAGAAGAACCUCCUAGAAGUUGUCAAGAAGAAACGGAUAAUCAGUGGAUGUCAUACUCUAAUUGUAUGGACACAAGUAGUAAUAUAACAACUGGUCCAACAGAUACAACAAGAGACUCUCGUAAGGAACAAAAAGCAACUAUACAAUAUUUGUACAUACAAAUGGAGCUUUGUCAGACACAUAGUUUAAUUGAAAGACUGAAGAAUGGUACUCUUUGUAGAGAUAUCAUUUAUAUUUUGAAUAUUUUCAACCAAAUUAUAGAAGGUGUUGAAUAUAUUCAUUCACAAAAAUUCAUACAUAGGGAUUUAAAGCCUUCAAAUAUAUUAUUUAUAUCAGAUGACCAAAUUAAAAUUGGCGAUUUUGGUUCAGUUACAAAAAUGAUAAAAUCUGAUAUAUGGAAUGAAUAUGAUAGUAAACAAAGAUGUUUAAAUGAACAACAUACUAAUCAAGUUGGCACACAAUUGUAUAUGAGUCCAGAACAGAUACUUGGAAAACCGUACAAUUUUAAAGUGGAUAUAUAUUCCCUGGGAAUUAUACUUUUUGAAUUGCUCAAUUCUUAUAAUAUUAUAAUAAAUUACUAGAAAUAUUGAGUUAUUCACGAAGGAUCACUUUUAGGGAAAAUAUAAAGAAUUAUUAAAAAUAAUAGAAAUGACAUGGGAUCCCAACUACGUACUCGAUUACCCUAAAUAAAUAUAUAUAAC